GAGGGGACGGCGGGGCCGCGGCGCGGCUCCUGCGCGGCCGCCGCCACAGAGGGCAGCGCCGAGCCGCGCCGCCCCGCCGGAGAGGAGCCCCGCAGCCCGCGCCGCCGGCGGGAGCCGCCCGUAAGAGCGAUGCAGGAUGGGGAAGGACCUGCCUGGCCGCUGCGUCCUGUCUCCUGCUGUUGCAGGGAGAAACCCUGAAGCCUUGAGGAGCAGUGACUGAAGAGGAAGUUAAGGAACAACCAGAAGGAACAAACCCAUUUCAUAACAAGAUCAAGUUUGAAUUAAAUGGCUGAUAAACAGAUCAGUUUACCUGCCAAGCUGAUCAAUGGAGGGAUAGCCGGGCUCAUCGGGGUCACCUGUGUCUUUCCCAUCGACCUGGCAAAAACCCGCUUGCAGAACCAGCAGAAUGGCCAGCGGAUGUACACCAGCAUGUCUGACUGCCUCAUCAAAACCAUCCGCUCCGAAGGCUACUUCGGCAUGUACAGGGGGGCUGCGGUGAACCUGACCCUCGUGACGCCGGAGAAGGCCAUCAAACUGGCAGCCAAUGACUUCUUCCGGCAUCACCUCUCCAAGGACGGGAAGAAGCUGACGCUGCUGCGGGAGAUGCUGGCGGGCUGCGGCGCUGGCACCUGCCAGGUGAUUGUCACCACCCCCAUGGAGAUGCUCAAAAUCCAGCUGCAGGACGCAGGCCGAAUCGCGGCGCAGAAGAAGCUGAUGGCAGCCCAGCUCUCGGCCGCGGCGGGGUCGGCGGAGCCGGUGGUGGAAGCACGCACCACCGCGACGCAGAUAACGAGGGAGCUGCUGCGGAGCAAAGGCAUCGCGGGGCUCUACAAGGGCCUGGGAGCCACGCUGCUGAGAGAUGUCCCAUUUUCCAUCGUUUACUUCCCGCUGUUUGCAAACCUGAACAAGCUGGGCCAGAAGGACCCCGACGUCAAGGCCCCGUUCUACGUGUCCUUCCUCUCCGGAUGCGUGGCCGGCAGCACGGCCGCCGUGGCCGUCAACCCGUGCGACGUGAUCAAGACGCGGCUGCAGUCCUUGCAGAGAGGCGUAAACGAGGACACGUACUCGGGAAUCCUGGACUGCACCAAGAAGAUCUGGCAGAAGGAAGGGCCCACGGCCUUCUUCAAAGGGGCGUACUGCCGAGCCCUGGUCAUCGCUCCCCUCUUUGGCAUCGCACAAGUCGUCUACUUCAUCGGCAUUGCGGAGUUCCUCCUGGACCUGCUCCCGAAGCGCCGGGCCUAGCCCCGCGUGCGCCUGCCCGCCCGCUGCCGUGCCCGGUCCAUCCCCGUGUCCGUCGUCCGUGUCGAUUGGUGUCAGAGCAACAGCACAAAGGGUUCGCGCGGGAACGCCGCGGGGACGUGGUCUCCAGACGAGCCAAGGCGGGGAGGGAGAGAGUCCCUUCUCCGUCCCAAGCUGGAGCUGGCCCCCUCCCGAGGACAAUACCUAGUUAUGCAUAUCUUUUUUCCGUUUUUUUGUUGUUGUUGUUGUUGUUUUUAACUGUCAUCCUUGAGGACACUGGUAAGCACAGACUGGGCUUGCGGCCCCAGAGGUCUCCUCCCAGCCUUGGCGGGGAAGAGGGAUGGGAAGGAAAGAACCUGAGCCCUCCUCCAUCUCAGCCCUCUUUCCCUCCCCAGGGUUAUCAGCUCUCCAAGAAAGACUCGGCCCUCCUCGGGGGUGCUGGGCCCCAGGCCGCGGGGCGCUCACGAGGGAGGCCCCGCGUCGCCCAGGGAGCGGGGGCGGAUGCUGGAUCUGGCCAAGUUUCUCGGCCUGGAAGCCUCCACCCCUCCCCACUCCCUCGCUGGAAGAGGAGCUGGACUUAGGUGAACUCCCCUGAAGAUCAGAGGAAGGGAAAGGGGAACAUUGCUGUUGUUUCUGUGAUUACUUUUGUUUUAAAGCAAAGGGACUUCCCUCCUAAGUGGGUGUCGCAGGCACGUCCAGGUGGGGUGCAGAGACGAGGCGUCUGCUCUGCAGGGACCAUGUCUGUGGGACCUCGUGAAUGUCCUGAGGUGCUUCGCUGCGCUCGGCUACGGGCAGGGGAGGGAGAGGAACUUGGGAUCAACUUUUUUUUUUUUUUUUUUUUUUUUUUUUUUUUUUUUUUGAUAUAGGGGAUGUAGGGUGGGGGGAACCAAACAAAAGGAAACCAGUUACAUUCCUUCAGCCUCCUGGCCCAGAGGCAGAAAGCGGUCUCCGUGGCGGGCGUACGGUUACCUGCGUCUUCUGGCCUGGCCCUCGAUGGCUCCCUCGUCCCCCUGCGCUCGCUGCCCGGCACGCAGGAAGGGAAGGGGAGGGGAGAGCAGAUGGAGGAGCCAUCCCCGGGGCCCAAAGGCCAGGAGACGCGCUAGAAAUGCUCCGCUUUUGUUUUCACCUCCCAUGGGCUGCGUCUGGUUUGGCUUUGACGGUGGACUGGGCGUUUGGAGCCGGUUGGUAGCGACAAGGCCAGAGGAUCCCCGCGCCCCGAGCGAGGAGCCGCUCGCGAACGUGCAGUCACGGGAGCGAGUCCUCCAGAUUGUCAAAAUUCAGCGUCCUGCUCGCUCUGGGGUAGUGACGGUUGGGUGAGGUGGCAGAGGGCAAAUCCACUCUUACAACCCCUUCUAUCAAAGGUAUGCUGGCCAGCUAAAAAAAUGACUUGUUGAAGAAAUUCCUCAUUAAGUACUCUCUUUGGCUGUAUUGUUAAUUCUAGUUUAACUUAUCCUAAGCGUGAGAUCUACAAACCCGGCGUGGUCUUCUCCAUUAUUUAUUCCAUUCGGUGCAAUCCACUCAACUUCGGUGUUUCAAUUAAACUGGUCAAAUUCACUUUCAUUCCUUCUUCUCUUCACUUGCUUGGUGUUUGUGUUUCAGAUGUAUAUUUAAAUUAGUUUGAAAAGAAAUCAGUGUUUUUAAUGUUGAAAAAAAUCCGUUUCAACAUUUUGGGUGUGUGAGGGUUGUUUUGUUUUGUUUUCUUUUCUUUUCAAGACCUGUAUGUCGAGGACCUUCUUCGUAGAUAUGUCCCUUUUCUCUUAGAAAAAGUUGUUCUGUGGCUGGUUGGUAACUCGUCACUUUGCUUAUGUGGAUCACUUCCUUUUUUUGUUGUUUUUUUUAAUAACUUUGGCGUGUAUCCGGGAAGGAACCUGUGCAGCGGCGCUCUCCGAUUCGGCCAGCUCUGUGACGUGUGUAGUGCUGUGAUGCUGCUCUUGCCCUGGAUCUCCUUAGGUGGAUUAAAAGAAAGUGGUUUUUUUAA